GAUGGCGACAGACUGAAGGCAAAAGUCAGGCGCGGCGGGUGGAGGAGAUGGGCCGACAGGGCCACCGCGCCAGGAUCGCGCUCCGGAGCAGCCAAGCCGUGGCGACGGCUCCCCAGAAGCAGGGCAAGAGGGAGGACGCGCGAGAGUGAGGGCGGGCCGAGGAGAGCAAGGCGGGCGGGCGACCGAGAGCGAGCGACGCCGGCCCGUCGGGGCUGACGAUGGGGAGGGCCGAGCGGUGACGGACGGAGGAGGGUCGCCGCCGGGGAGAAGGCAGGAGGCCGGGCGGCGGGCUGGUGAUGCCGGUGCGGCGCGGAGCGGCCUCGCCUCGCCUGGGCCGGCCAUGGUGAGGGGCAUCGCGGCGGCGCAGCAUCAUGCCCUGCCUGGCGGGAGCCCUUAGCAGCCCCGCGGCAGGAGGCUGGGGGCAUCCGCGGGGGGGGCGGCGACGGCGGCGGCGGCGGCGGCGGAAGAGAGCCGGGCGCCAGGCCAGCGAUGCUGCUGCUGCUGCCCAUCACCGAGCCACCAUGCCGGGGAGGAGGAGGAAGAGGAGGUAGGUGACAUUCUUGGGGAGGGGGGGCGGAGAGGAGCCGAGCCGAGAAAAGCCGCCGCCGCCCGCCGCGCGCGCCCUGCCCCCUCCAGGCCGCCCCCGAAAAAUAUGACCAGCGGCGCUUGGAUGUAUCCACGAGAAGAUGACGCCGCCGCCUUCAAAACCCGCCGCGCGCCCCCGAGCCAGCACGACAAGCCGUGCGCCGACUCCGAGCGGGCCCAGAAAUGGCGACUCUCGCUGGCCUCGCUGCUCUUCUUCACCGUCCUCCUCUCCGACCAUUUGUGGCUCUGCGCCGCCGGGGCCAAGCUCCGGGCCAAGGAGAGGAGCUUAGCCUGGCCGGCGCCCUGGGCGGCCGCUGCCGAGCCGCGCAACCAGAGCGAGGGCGCCGCCUCGACGGCCCACCACUGCCCGGUCAGCCCGCGGCGCCCGGACCUGAGCUCCGCUUGCACCAAACGGCGCCUCCUGCAAGGCCCGCUGGCCGCCUUCCCCGCCGUGCCUCUCAGGCCCGCCGCCGCCGCCGCCUCCCCGCCGAUGGACUUCUUGGAGAAGCACUUUCGGAACUUCAGCCUCGCCUUUUGCGAUACUUACACCGCCUGGGACCUGCUGCUGGGCAUGGCCGGCCCGGAAAGCCUGGACUGCAGCCUGAAGAACCUCCUGGGGGACUUCUUUGCGGCUGCGGCCGGGGCCCAGCGAGGGGAGGCCUGUAGCAGCUGCCUGGAGGCCUAUCAGAGGUUGGACCAACAUGCUCAGGAAAAAUACGAGGAAUUCGAUUUCUUGCUGGAGAAAUACUUGCAAGCAGAAGACUAUUCCGUGCGCUCCUGCCUGAGAGACUGCAAGGCUGUCUACAAGGCUUGGCUGUGCUCUGAGUAUUUCAAUGUGACACAACUACAGUGCCAACACCGGAUUCCAUGCAAGCAAUACUGCCUGGAGGUGCAAACUAGGUGCCCCUUUGUGUUGCCUGACAAUGAUGAACUGAUCUAUGGAGGGUUGCCUGGCUUCAUCUGCACAGGGUUGCUUGAGAAUCAGCUGCCAUACCAGGAAGCAAAGUGCUGUGACGUGCAGUGGGACUCCUGUGAUCACCCACCAGACAGCAACUACAAUGCAUCCACCAAAUCCACGGAGUCAGAGUCAUUCCAUAACCAACGCCAUGACAUCCCCCGUCACCAGCAGCAGCAGCAACAGCAGCAGCAGCAACAGCAGCACUAUAACCUCUACUACCAUCACCACCACCACCACCAUCCACACCCACCUCUGCUGCCAGUCUCCGCAGGGUCUCGUCUCAGCAACAGCAAAAUCAGAUUCUGUGUCCUGGUCCUUAUGCUUCUUCACACCAUGGUGUCCUUCUCGAGUGUGCACAGCAGUGGGGCUGCUGCCAAUGGGGGGCUAAGCUUGGAGGCCCUGCCCACCAUGGAUGAGAGCAUAGCAAGAGACGAGUGACCCACAAGGGAAAGGAAGCCUCCAGGCAGAACGCGCCUGCUGUUUUCUCACCCGGAGGGGGGGGCUCAUGGUGCAUGCUAUCCCUCCAAUGGGAGGCACAGAAUUGGGGGUGAUGCACAUAUACCCACCCCUACAUGGGAUCCCCCCCCAGAGCAGCUCAUCCCAGGGGCUGCCCUGUGAUGAAGAGUCUCUAAAGCGCACAGGGCUGUGGAAAUGGCCUCAGGAAGGGUUCAGUCAGCAACAUGCCUUCAGCAGUCGGCUUUCAGCCUCGUAGAGGCUCAGAGGUAGAAGGAGGCCCCAAAGGAGAGGGUCAGGCUUGGAGAGAAGCAGUCUUCUGAAAAGGGCAAAUGCCCCGAGAUCGCCCUUGGGACGGCUGCUUCUCUUGCUGCCGGGCAUGGCGUGUCUCAUGAUGGGGCAACAACGAUCUCUUCCCCAUAGUGGGUAACUUGCCCAAGGGGCAGCAGCAAUGGCUUGACAGAGAUCCCUUUUUUCCUAUCAUCCUCUCAGCCCCACCCUGCCCUAUAAUCGUGAUGAUGCACUGCCCCCUUUCCGGUUGGAGUUCCCCUCCCCCCUCCAGCAGCAGCUGGUUGCUUCUGAGCAAGCUAGUUCAUGCUCUAGGUCAAACCAGGAUCCACAGUGGCUCCGUCCCUCAGCUUUUGCAACCCGAAUUCUCUUGCUCUCAGAAGGGCUUCAUGGAGGGCAUCAUCCUUGUUCUUUGGGAGAUGUCUUGGAACAUGCCACAAACAGCGGGCUCACCUCUCCUCCUCACCCUAGGUCCUGUCCCUGGUCAGUGCUUCUCUAUCUUUUGGGAUUUAUGUGGCCAUCAUAGAGAAUUUCCUCUCAGUGCAGUUUCACAGUAGUCGUUUUUGACAGGACUGCAGCUGGAACGAAAGGGUUAAACCCCCACCUCCCCACUUUCUGUGAUCGUGAUAACUAUCGGUACCCCCCCCCUUACCUGGCUACUGUUCAGGCACUUGAACAAACCAUGCAUGUUAAAUGCAAAGAAGCAUUUAACAUAUAGGUCUAGUUUGGCCUAGAGUACUUCACUCAAGAGAUACCAAUCCUUCACCAGGAGUUUCUUGUCAUUAUUUGAACUGACUGUGCUGUUCUUGAUCUAUUAAAGAGAAUUUCCCCAUUUUUACAUUUUUAUUAACACUAAUUGUGUGCAUAUCCACUUACACGCCGAUGCCCUAAAGAGUUUGUUUCUUGGUAUGCGGAGGGCCUGCGUGUGUUUCUAAUGCCGCAUAGUCUUCAUUUCUUCACUACCCCACUGAGAUAUUUCAAGGGACAUGCUCCUCUUUUAAGUAUCCCCUGAGGAUGGAAGUAGGCGCGGCUGUCUUUGUGCAUCUUCAGCGCGAUGUUUUGUGCUUUUUUAAUGAAUUCACCUGACCCCCAGAUGAAGGAAACAGAAAUAUUAUCAUUGAGGUAUCCUAGAAACACAGGGAGACUUCUUGCCCAUCCAGCCCAGAACUGCCCAGUCUCUCUGGCAGCAGCUCUCUGGGGCCCCAGCAUCAGCUGCCUGGUCAUUCUGUAAGGUGAUGCUGAUGGUUGCACCAGCGGCUUUCCACAUGCAAAGCAGGUGGGCUGCCACUGAGCUUCGCCCCCUGCCCUAAAGGGGCUUCAGUAGAAGAUGGAGGGAACUCUUCAGAACGAGCAGCUGCUGGUGCCAAACUGAUGCUCCACAGCCCUUCGAGUCAGUUUGUCAGGGGCUUCCCCAAAGACGACCCACAAACUGUACUUCUGUGAGAGUGCAGGGAAUUCUCCCAGCAUAGCACGUGGUGCCAUUCUGGGGAGGAUGCGAGCCUGGCAGAGAGCUGGCUGUCAAGAGUCUUUGACCACCUGGAAGUGGCUGGUGUCUUGGCCAAGGAUGCCAGUCCUGUACAAGCCACAAGAGCCUGCUUCGUAUUCACGUGGAGAUGGCAGGAGGCCAAACACAAGGCUUGGACAACAGCCCUUACUCCCCCCCCCAAAAACCCACUUAGUUUAUAAGUAGGGGUCAAGAGAAGUCAUAUCUGGAGAUACUUUGUCUUUUGCACAAAGAUAAGAGGUUGGGGGGUGCCUUCUCCCUCAUUCCUAGUGCUUCAGGUUUAUAGGGAGCAAUUGUCCCCAUGCAGACCUUGCCUGGCUGCCUGAAGAUAUGCUCAGGAGCCCAUCUUGUUGAACAUCAACAGUUGUCCAGACUGGGUUGCCUCAACUCUCCUGCUGCCAGGCUCAAGUCCACUCUCUUUCAGAUCUGAGAUCCCAUCCUUAACAUUGAUUAUCCUGGCUGAGGACAGGAAGCUCUGGGACCACACACCACUCCAUCCCAGCCUCUGGUUUGGGGGGCGUUUUUUCCCCUGUGCAGAAGGCAGUGAUGUUUCUUCCAUCUUUCUGAAUUACUAUAGCAAUAUCUGCUAUAUCUUUAGCGGGACUGAGGCCAGAGGAAAAUCUUUACUACAUUGAGGUUGAGCUAUUUAGCUCUAACUGGAAGUGUAGGGAGCUGUUCCACACCAUAAAGAGCUACAAAAUUUGGCCUAACAAUCUCUUCCCAGUUUCUUGUUUGCACUGUUGCAUUGGUACUGGCCUCCAUAGCUCUCCUAGUCUGCCUCUUGGGUAGAGGGAGCAGCCCUCCAC